UCGACGCGCUGUUCGGUUCUCUCUCUCUCUCUCUCUCUCUCCUCGCUUUCGUCAUCGUCUACACCUCACUCCCUUCCCAACUUUCUCUCUCUAGGACGCCAUUGACUUCUCCUCUACCUCUUCCAAAUUCCACGCCCUCUCCCUCUCUCUUCCAGACUUCCUCCCCGGCGCACGGCACGCGCUUCGGCGACCGCGAUCCUUCGACCGCCAUGCCCUCUUAGCUCGCCGCCGCCGCCGCCGCCGCUCGCCCCGCUCCGCCCGCGUGCUUUUGCUCCCAUGGACGCCGGGAGGUCCGCCUUAUCGGACUCCAACGAGAUCAUCAGCAACAGCAGCAGCAUCUACUGCGCUCCGACCGCCAACACCUCCUCCCUCUCCUCCUCCCGCGCGGCGGCCCCGGCCGACGGGGCCUCCCUCGUCCGCCUCUCCGACCACCUCGAGUCCAUCUUCGCCGCCGAGCACGGCGGCGGCGGCGACUUCGACUUCUUCGCCGACGCCAAGAUUGCCCUCGCCGAUGGCCGCCAGGUGCCCGUCCACCGCUGCAUCCUCUCCGGGAGGAGCGGGUUCUUUCGGGGCGCGUUCACCCGAGGGGCGACCAAGCUGGAGGUCAAGGAGCUGGGGAAGGACUUCGAGAUCGGGCACGACGCGCUCAUGGCGGUCCUAGGGUACCUGUACAGCGGCAAGGUGAAGCCGCCGCCGCCGGCCGCCCGCGAGUGCGUGGACGAGGAGUGCCCGCACGCGGCAUGUCGGCCCGCCGUGGAUUUCCUGAUUCAGGUGCUCUACGCGGCUUUCACUUUCCAGAUUUCUGAGCUGGUGGGUCUGUACCAGAUGGACCUGCUAGACAUUCUUGACAAGGUUGCCAUAGAUGAUCUGCUGGUAGUUCUAUCUGUUGCAAAUAUGUGCAGUAAUGCGUGUGAGGGUUUGUCAGCUCGUUGCAUUGAGAUUGUUGUUAAAUCGAAUGUUGAUGUUGUUACCCUAGACAGAGCUUUGCCCCAUUUUAUUGUUAAGCAGAUUGUGGAUGCCAGAAUGGAACUUGGCUUGAAUAGGCCAGGAUGUGACAGCUUUCCUGAUAAGCACGUGAAGAGAAUACACAGGGCUUUGGAUUCGGAUGAUGUUGAGCUAGUCAGAAUGCUACUUAGGGAGGCACAUACUACUCUCGAUCAUGCAUGUGCACUCCAUUAUGCAGUUGCUUACUGUGAUGCCAAGACUACCACCGAACUUCUUGAUCUUGGUAUUGCUGAUGUUAAUGAAAGAAAUCCCAGAGGCUAUACCGUUCUGCAUGUUGCAGCAUUGAGGAAAGAGCCCAAGAUUAUUGUGUCUCUUUUAGUAAAAGGAGCCCGGGCAUCCGACCUCACUUUGGAUGGUAGAAAAGCACUUCAGAUAUCUAAGAGGCUCACUAGGGCUGUGGAUUACUAUAAAUCAACUGAGGAAGGAAAAGCUACUUCCGAGGAGCGACUGUGUGUGGAGAUAUUGGAGCAAGCUGAAAGAAGAGAUCCUUUACUAGGAGAAGCUGCUCUUUCUCUUGCUAUAGCAGGGGACGAUCUGCGCAAGAAAUUGUUAUACCUGGAAAAUAGAGUUGCAUUGGCUAAGCUCCUCUUUCCAAUAGAAGCUAAAGUGGCAAUGGAUAUUGCUCAAGUAGAUGAAACUUCUGAGUAUCCUUUGGUAAGCAUCCAGAAUUUGGCUCGUAAACAAGGGGCAAAUGUGGAUUUAAAUGAAGCCCCUUUCAAAAUCCAAGAGGAGCAUCUGAAUAGGAUGAGAGCACUCUCCAAAACAGUGGAACUUGGAAAGCGCUUCUUUCCUCGAUGCUCAAGCGUAAUCAAUAAGAUCAUCGAUACCGGUGACUUGUCAUGGCUGGGAACUGUUGGUGAUGACACUCCAGAGGAACAACUUCGUAAGAAGCAAAGGCAUAUGGAAGUUGAAGAACAGAUGACUGAAGCUUAUACUCAAGACAAAGAGGAGACUGAUAAGUCUAGUAUAUUGUCUUCUUCAUCGUCGACUUCAAUGAGUUUCCUUAAGCCUAAUGGUAAAUUAACGACAAGUGACCAGCAGCGGCACUGCGAGAUUUAAGAUGCCAAAAGACAUCUUUCUCAUUGUACAAUAUUCCAAUUUUUUCCCAUGUGAUGUAUCUUUAUAGCCAGUCGUUUGUAAGUACUCAUCUACACAGCAAAUAGAUGAGGAGUGAUAUACGUACAUGCAGAUGAUUGUCUUAAUAGAAAAUCAUUUCUCUUUGGCUGGUCGACGAAUUUUUUACAGAUGUAACUGGGUAUUUAAGAAGCUAUAUCUUCACGGUUA